GGUUGUAAUGAGCGGAGAAGACAACUCCGCUACCCUCCAGGUGGCUGCUGGACAGAAAGUUCAAGUGCUGGAGAUGCAACGGCAUCCAAAAGUUGCAGGCCUCUUCUCCCUUCAGCUGCACAAGCAAAGCCCCAUAAGUCUAGAGAGAAGACUUCCAAACGCUGAGAAGCAAAGUGGACGGGAUGAUAUUGCUCUGGUUCUCCAUACCUCUGGCACCACGAAAAAGCCCAAAAUUGUGCCGUUGACUCAUGAAAACCUCACAGUCGGCGCACUUUGCAUUACAUCAACCUUGAGACGGCAAAGAGAAGACGUGUGCUUGAACCUCAUGCCUUUGUACCAUAUCCACGGCCUCUCCGUCAAUGUGCUGGCAAGUGCCAUGUCUGGGUCAUCUGUCGUUUGCACCCCGGGCUACAAAGGCCCAGAUCAACCUACGCAGUGGUUGGCGUCUGGCGCAGCCAGCUGGUAUUCGGCAGUGCCCACCAUGCACCAAGGGAUCGUGGAGGUCAAGCCCGCAGGUGGAGCCAAGACCUCCACUUCAACGGGUAAAAGCUCGGUGAGUUUGAGUUUGGCUGACCGACCUCCGACCUGCAGAUCCCGUCUCAGGGAGGCGGGCCUUUCAUUUGAUGAGUUCAGCGCAACGGGCGCUGGCAUUGGUCUGAUCCGUAACUGCUCAGCGGCCUUGGUGCCAGUUCUGGCGGACAAGAUGGAGCAACUCUUCCAGUGCGUUGUCAUGCCAACCUAUGCGAUGUCAGAGAGCAUGCCCAUCGCCUCGAACCCGCUGCCACCACAUUUACGUGUUUUGCGCAGUGUCGGACAAGCAGCAGGUCCCCAAAUGGUUCUCAGGCACGACAACAACUCAGAACCCAAAAAAGGCGAGGAAGCAGAGAUUUGUGUGAAGGGC